UAUCAAUGAAUAGGCAUCAGCUAUUUUAAUAACCAUUCGCCAUUUUGCUUUUCACAAUUUAAGUAACUUUUUUAACACAAAGUGUAAAAGAUACACAGAAGUCGCAAGAUUUCUGAAAAGGUGAAUCUUAGUUGAAUACUAAUGUGAUAGGUAAAUAAAGCGACAAGGAACAGAAUCGGUUACUCCAUCAAAAUGCAUUGCCAUCUACAUCUUUUAUUCAUGGUAAUUAUCUUUACAAGUAAUCCUGUGCUAUCUGAAGAUAAAUUUAUAGGUGAUGAUAUUUCAAAUCAAGCCGACCAAACGUUUUCCUUCUUUAAGAAAUGGAGUUGUACCAGCGAGAAUGAAGCUCCGGACUGUUCAUCAAAAGACAUCGACAAAAUUGAUAUUCCAUUGGUAUUUAAUAGCGGGAAUGCCAUCAAAUUUGCCCACAACAAGAUAGAGGAACUUUACAAUCCAUUUUAUGACAAUCACAAUAUAAUAGAAAUUGAUUUUUCGACCAAUAAGCUCAACUCUAUAACAGAAAAUGUUUUCGCAAACUUGAGUGCCGUUGAAAAGGUUGAUCUAUCGCACAAUAGUUUAUGGACAUUUGACUCGGAAACGUUCAGCAGCAUGACAAAUCUACAAUCACUUGAUUUGAGCUUCAAUGGAUUUAGCAUCAUUGGCCCAGAAAUUUUCAGCAAACUUCAAAAGGUUAAAAAAUUAUCCUUGAGGAAUAAUAACUUCCACAUUAUACAGGACGAUACAUUUGAACAUCUGCUUGCUUUGGAGGAAUUGGAUUUAGGUGAUAACCAACUAUCGGAAUUACCCGAUCAACUGUUUAGAUAUAAUUUGAACCUUCGGUUGCUUUGUUUAUCUGGAAAUGAUUUUAAAAAAGUACCAACUGAAGCAUUGGCCGGAAUUCCGAGAUUGUAUAGACUAGACUUGAGCAGAAACAAAUUUGUUCGACUUCGAUAUCCAGCAUUCAAGAAACUGUCCAGUGUCAAUGUCUUAAGAUUGGAUGAUCAACCGGAUUUGCGUUCCAUCGGUCCGCAAUCUUUCCAAGGAAUGGAUAAUUUAGCAUACUUUUAUGCAAGUAACAAUGACAAUUUGCGUUUUGUGGAUCCAAAAGCUUUCUAUGACAAUACUACUGACAAGCCAGUUCAAUUACAGACAUUCAUUUUUCGACAUAAUUCUGUAACAACAAUGUCCGGCAAACUGUUGGAUUGGGAUAAGCUUUAUGAGAUUGAUUUAACAGGGAAUCCUUGGAACUGUGACUGUCACCUUGAUUGGAUAAUUCAAGUGCAGAUCAGAGAUCAUCUCAAGCCAAAUUUAGUCUGCAAACAUCCAACCUAUUUAAAAGAUUUUCAGAUUUUUAAUAUGACAUCUGAUCAGUUUAAAUGUUCUUUCCUUUUCAACCAUGAAUUUACCAUUAUUGGUACAGUUUUAUUAAUUAUAACCAUUUCUAUGAUAAUGGUUGUUUUUCUCUAUGUAAUAGUUAAACUCUUACCUUGCCCUAAGUUAAGAAAUCCAUGGCGAAGAAGUUACGGUUACUCUAAGGUCAAAGUUUCUCGUAAUGGUAAAAAUUAUGAUCUAGAAUGGGAUCCAGCACUUGGUGAUCCUAAAUAAAAAGAAAAAUAAUAUUGAAUGUAUGUUAAAUAUUCGCAAUAAUUUUAAAGUUGAUUAAAAGACUCACUUGUACUUUAA